UUUUUUUUCUUCUCCAUUCAGUCUUUUCAUCUCUUCACGCUUCCCUAUCACCUGUAAACCACCUUUUAGAAAGAAAUAAUUAGAGCCUUAAUUUAUCCUUUUUCUAUUUCUAUUUCUAUGUUAAUCUUGAACGACAAACAUACAUAUCAUGGAAAAUCAACCUACUACACCUUCACAAUUCGAUCCGAUACGGAGUGACACAUCGGCGUCCAUUUCGAUGUCAACACCAGCUUCAAGCUCAGCUUUGACGCCAGCGUCAGCGUCACCUACGACCUCAAUCUCGUCAACGUCCUCCUCAGGAGUGCUGCUGCCGCCACCGCUGCCACCGCUGCCUUUGCCCACACGGCAGCCAACGCCCAAAUUGCCAGCUGAAUGUCUUCAGUUGAUCAUGGCUCACUUUGAGGAUGAUCUAACUAUGUUGCAUUCGCUCCUUUUAGUCAAUAGCAUUUUCUUCCAGCUGGCUGUUCGGUUGCUCUAUCGAUCUCCCUUCCGGUUGUUAAAAGCUUUUGAUGGAGAUAAAUUGCCCUGGGAUAAAUAUCGACGUCAGGUGAAACUCGUUUGGCUAUUGCUUUCCUGCGUUAUGCACCAUCCUUGGGUCUCAAGUGAACUACCACCAAUGGACACAUCCUUCCCAGUGCUGCGCAACCCUGCUCGACAUCAUCGUGAUGAUUAUCAGCAGCAGCAACAUUAUCAACAACAGCAACAACAACAGCAAUACCUUCCAGGUCUGGAUAACGAGAGGUGUACCUUAGCUGAUCCAUCACCGAAUGAUAGCAUUAUUUACACCACCAAUAGCAACAAUAACGUCAGCCAUGACGAAAGAACAGCCACUACCAGACGAUUGGAUGAUAAUGACAAUAGUGACGAUGGAUACAAGGAUUUGACUAUAGAUUAUCUCCGAUUCUACAUUCAUCAUGACCAUCCCCAACUCUCUGACGCGUUCCCAGAUCUGUUCCCAGGUUUGAUAUGCCGGAUGAUGGAUGAAUGGCGUCGAUCUGAAGAUAUGAUUCGAUUACGACACACGAUCGAACGAGCCUUUCUUUUACAUCACCCAGAGACGAUUGUUUCUUUGACCAUCCCCUUGUCAAGAAUAGAGACAUAUCUAGAAUCAGGCGCUGUGACUAGGCUUUCGAGGUUAAAAAAAAUCGAAUUUGUAGAUAUCAAGAACUGGAACCUGGUGAACAUUCAACAGGCGACCUUGUUCUUGAAGCAGCAUGAUCGAGCCCGUAUUCAGGAGAACGGAGGCAGAAAUAUCAAUAGAAAUAGGAGCAGGGGCGAGAAUAGGAGUGGGCACAUGCCGCAGACGAGGAAAGAGGGAGAUUGCAGGCAGCAAUCACAGCCGGGUAACUAUGAUCUCGAUGAUGACGGUGGUGGCAGUGGAGGCGGAGGUCGAGCUGAGAAUGGCAAUGGCUGUGGGGCCUAUGCUGAAAGCCAAAUAGACUUGUCGGAGCAAAAGAAGAAGAAGAGGAAGGAAAAAUUUGCUGUCACCCUCACAGAGAUCAAACUUGGUGGGACUGAUGACAGUGGGAUCAUUCAGACGCUGGAACUGUAUAGGAUCCCACAGGCAUUGCGAUGCCUUCGGGCUCUAGACGUAACAGGCUGGAGGGGCGCGGCCUUGGAUAUGAUGUCUAUCCCUACGGAAUCAUUACAGGUCCUUAAAAUGAGGUUGGAUCGUCCAUUGCCAAUAGUGAGUCCUCUGUUGACAUUUUUAGCUCAUGCACGACAGUUGAAGGAAUUACAGAUUUGUAUUGCAAGGACUCAUGAGGGAUGUUUUGGGCCUCAGUUGACAGAAGAGCGGAAUUAUAUCCAAAAAAUGAAGAGACUUAAAAAGGCCGCGCGGUUAGAACGUCUGCGACAAUACCAACAGCAGCAACAGCGCCAUAGACGGAUAUCAAACCAUGGACGAGAGGCGGACAAUACUGAAGAUAAAGAGACAAGGGACAAUAUGGAUGGGAGUGAGGAGGACGAGAAUGAAGACGAAGACCCAGAGAGAAAUGAGGAUCAGGGACUGGAGGUACUUAGUCUCUCGGGAGAGACUCGUGUGGUCGUGCAUGCAUCCUGUGACGCAGCCAGAAGAUACUGCCGUAGCUUAAUCACACUUCAGGUUAAUUCAUGGAAAGAGAGUACAGGGCUUCAAUUCGAAGACAUUGCAGUGGGUCCUGUCAUACCCCAGAUGGCUGAUGGGGGCGAUGAUGACGAAGGCAAUCCUUUUCCUCCUCCUCCACCUUUGCCUUUACUACCACCACCGCUUCCAGUCAUCCCAGCGACAGCAACAGGCAACAAUGGCCAUUCUGACAGCGAUGACGAUAGUGAUAGUGACAGUGACAAUAAUAACUCCACAAUUGGGACAGGAUACACUUCUACAAGCAUUCGAACUCGAUCUCGUCUAAGUUUACAGUUCGAGGAGACUAUGAUCUGCCUACGAUCGCUAGAGCUCCGUGGCGAGAUAGCCGCAUUGCAUUUCGUGCUCGAAUCGUUGAAACGCUGUCCAACCCUUCAAACCCUCAAACUCAACACUAAGCCCAGCAAAAUUGAACCAGCCUCGUCUACGAUCAAUGCCUUAGUGGAAAAUGUCUCUACCGAAUUAAAUGAGCUUGAGUUAGUAGGGCCAUGGUGGAUUACAGACUCGCAUCUGAAUAGGAUUGCUAAUCGGCUUUUGAAAAUGAGAAGCUUGAGACUGAUCCAUGCUUCAUCGUUUUAUUCCAUCAAUGCUCAAUCUCCUGCCACUGUUACCCACCACCAUGGCUCAUCUGCGUCGAAAGCUAUAUCAUUAUUACCGUCACUGUUACCAUCGCCAUCACCUUCAUCAUCAAAACCAGUGCCCUCACCUUCGCUCCCUUGCUCCGACAAUAAUGAAUCAGCUUUGAGUAACAAGUUUCUCUCACCAACAGGAAUUCUUCAUGCUGUACAACAGAUGGGUCAACUGCAAGAGAUUCAACUGGGAAUGGAUAUGGAUCGGUUCCGUCGGCUUGAUCAAGAAAGAAGCCUCCCUUUUAUCGCUUUUAGAAAGAGCCAAAAUAAUGAAUCAAAGGAUAUCUGGACAUUAGUGCGAGAGAUGCUGGAGCAAGAAAGCCUAAAUUGCCAACGAGCCUCUGCAGGAUGGUGUCCGUUUAGAGUUGAAGUUCAACAUUGUCCCACAUAGAAUAUUAUAUAUUAUUAUUAACAACAAUAACCAUAAAAUGUAC